UCGUUUUAGGGCGGGGCAUCGCACCUGCCUGAGCCGAGUGCGCGCCGAGGGCCAGAAACUGCCUAGAGCUCGACGUUUGCGCUUGCACGAUGGCGAUGCUGCCGCCACUGCCGGGACGCCCGUCGGGGCUUUGCUUAUUCCUGCUGCUCUUACAGGCUGGAAGGUGGCUUUGUGAGGAGACGGCAGCCCAGUGUCAACCAGGCUUCAGUCAACAGACUUACACUUUCAAUGUGCCCAGGUCUGACUUGGAAAGAUAUCGUGUGUUGGGCAAGGUAAACUUUGAGGGAUGCUCAGAAAGGACACACCGACCCUUUGCUUCGGACGACACUCGCUUCAGGGUGCGCUCGGAUGGCGUGGUGGUGGUGAAAAGGCCUGUGCAACUCCAUGGUCGCGAGUGGCACUUCUUCAUCCAUGCCUGGGACGGGGCUGGCAAGAAACACUCUGCAAAGGUGACACUGCGAAGUCGUGGCCAUGGAUCCCAAAAGCAGCAUCUUCACGCGGAGCCCUUUUCCCUUGGUCAUGGAGAGGUGCUGACCUUCCCAGUAUCCGGCCCAGGUCUGAGGAGGCAGAAGAGAGACUGGGUCAUCCCACCCAUUGUUUGCUCUGAGAACGAGAGAGGUCCUUUCCCCAAGCCACUGGUGCAGAUCCAAUCUAAUAAGAAUAAAGAGACGACAGUCUUCUACAGCAUCACUGGGCAGGGGGCUGACACUCCCCCAACUGGAGUCUUCAUCAUUGAGAGGGAAUCUGGCUGGCUGAAGGUGACCCGCCCACUGGACAGAGAGGAUAUGGACAGAUACGUUCUUUUCUCUCAUGCAGUCUCUGUGAAUGGGCAGCCUGUGGAGGACCCCAUGGAGAUCAUCAUCAAGGUCAGUGACCAGAAUGACAACAAGCCCAUUUUCACCCAGAGCGUCUUUGAAGGAUCUGUAGCAGAAGGAGCCACCCCAGGUACCCCAGUGAUGCAAGUGUCUGCCACGGACAAAGAUGAUGCCGUGAAUACCUACAAUGGAGUCAUCACCUACUACAUCCUCAGCCAGGAGCCCAAGCAGCCCUACAGUCAGAUGUUCACCAUCAACAAUGAAACAGGGUGGAUCAGUGUGAUCACAACAGGCCUUGACCGAGAGGAAUUCCCCCAGUACACGCUGGUCAUCCAAGCUACCGACAUGUUAGGACAAGGCUUAAGUACUACAGGGAAAGCAGUGAUUACUGUCACGGACACGAACGACAACCAGCCAAUAUUUGACCCACUCACGUACGUUUCAACUGUGCCAGAGAACAAGGUGGGAUUCCAAGUUGCCAGGCUUCUGGUGAAAGACGCAGAUCAGGCAGGGACCUCAGCGUGGAAAGCCAACUACACCAUUGUGAAAGGGAAUGAAGAAGGCAACUUUAAAGUGGCCACCGAUCCCCAAACCAAUGAUGGUAUCCUGACAACCAUUAAGGGUCUGGACUUUGAGACGAAGGAUCUCUUCACCCUUUUGGUUACUGUGGUGAAUGAAGACCCCUUCUCAGUGACUCUCCCAACAUCCACGGCCACAGUCACUGUCAACGUAAGGGAUGAGAAUGAAGCCCCCAUCUUUAAUCCCCAUGAAAAGUCUGUGACAAAGUCUGAAGACCUCCCUGCUGGGCAGCUGGUGACUACCUACACCGCUCAGGACCCUGACACAAAUCAAAAGCAGACAGUCAGUUAUUCUAUUGGAAGUGACCCAGCAGGGUGGCUGAAGAUUAACCCUGAAAAUGGCAUCAUAGAGACAAAAGCUCCUCUGGACAGGGAGUCUAAAUUUGUGGUAGACAACACCUACACGGCUCUCAUCUUGGCGAGUGACAAUGGGAUGCCUUCGCUCACAGGAACAGGAACUCUUCUCCUGUACCUGGAGGAUGUGAAUGACAAUGGGCCAGUGCCAGAGCCACGAUCCUUUGAAAUCUGCAACCGGAGCCCUGAACGCAAGGAGCUGAGCAUUGUGGACAAGGAUCUUCCUCCAAACACCCAACCCUUCAAAGCAAUGCUGCUCUUGGGCUCAAGCGCCAAUUGGACAGUUGAAGUAAACGGAGAUAAACUGGUCCUCGAAUUGACCAAGCAGCUGGAGCCAGGUGAAUACAGCAUUACCCUUGAGCUGCACGACGCCGGGGAAGUGUCCCAGACAACAACAGUCAAAGCCCAAGUGUGUGACUGUGAGGGGGCAGCCAGGAAUUGCGAGAAGAGGGCAUAUAUCGCAGGCGGGAUGGGGAUUCCAGCCAUUCUGGGCAUCCUUGGUGGCAUCCUUGGCUUCCUGAUCCUCCUACUCCUGCUGCUGCUGUUUGUGAGGAGGAGGAAGGCAGUGAAGGAGCCUCUGCUUCCACCAGAGGAUGACACACGAGACAACGUCUACUAUUAUGAUGAAGAGGGUGGUGGAGAGGAGGAUCAGGACUAUGACAUGAGCCAGCUGCACCGUGGCCUGGAUUCCCGCCCUGAAAUCACCCGCAAUGAUGUUGUUCCGACUCUCAUGCCGGCUCCGCAAUACCGCCCACGGCCUGCCAACCCUGAUGAGAUUGGCAAUUUCAUUGAUGAGAACUUGAAGGCAGCAGAUACAGACCCCACGGCACCCCCAUACGACUCUCUGCUUGUGUUUGACUAUGAGGGCAGUGGCUCUGAAGCAGCCUCCCUCAGUUCUCUGAAUUCCUCCAAUGGUGACAGAGACCAAGAUUAUGACUAUCUGAAUGACUGGGGCAACCGUUUCAAGAAGCUGGCUGACAUGUAUGGAGGGGGCGAGGAAGAAGACUAGAUGUCACUGGGAUUAAGUAGGGUUUAGCUCUGUGUGGAAAGACAGAAAUGAAAUCAACUUAUCGUCAACUUUUCCCAGCA